AGUUAUUGUGGUAUCUAGGAGGGAGGUAACGCAUGGCGAAACAAUCAGAAAGACUUACAGUUCAGUUAAAUAGGACAGGUGCACUGCAAUGGUUUAUAGCAGGUUUCUUUGGACAGUUGUUUAUAAUUUAGGAAUGUGUUACUUUGUUAUGUUUUUUACAGUUAUUUAUAAGUGCAACGCUGCCUUACCAUCAAAUAUAGAAAAAGAAGUAGUUUUUAUCGAUCAUCUAUCAGGACAUCGUGUAUAUUUGAGCAAUUUUUUUUGGACUGGAGUAAAUGAUGCUCCUUCUUGGAUAAUGCUGAAGCAACUAUUAAUGUUUUUCGAAAAUCCAUUAUCAAAUACCAAUAUUCUGAAUGAAAGUAAAAAAGGAUUUAAUGAAAGUUCAUUCAACACACAUUUUAAUUCUAAAAAUGAUAUUCCAUUUUGUAAAGCUUGUAUAAACUUAACUUCCACUUCAUUAGAAGGUGAAGAAAAUAUUGGUGUCCUUAUUGGAGAUGAUCCGGGACCAAGAUACUGGUUAAUAACAAUUCUUCAGAAUGGAAAAGGAGUGCCUUCAAAAAUUGAGUUAAGACUAGCUCGAUUGUAUUAUUUGGCUUUUAGGAGGCAACAACAACGACACCUUGGUCUUUCUGAAAACGAAAGCCGUCAAGUGAUUCACAAUAAAACUUUUGCCUUAGAUCAAAUACAGGAAAUAACAACUACAACCAAUUAUGUGACAAUUUCAGUAAAUAAAAAUGAGGACAAUCAUAUUGUAACUAAAAGGAAAACUAUGAGAAUGAAACAAAAAUCAGCAUUAAAUUUAAUGCAACUAAUUAAACUAAGAAGGAAAGAAACUAACCCACUGUCUAUGCAUAAAGAAAACUCAGCUGAAAAAUCAGUGGCUGAAAAUAUGACAGACAAUAUAGAGGAAAAUUUUAAUAUUUCACAAAGUACAGAUGCAAAAUAUAAUUUACUGUCAUCUGUAGGAUUUGACAUUGCUUCUUAUAACAGAGGACAUGUUACGACUUUACAAUUAACUACUCCUUUCCCACUGCACACAUCAAAAGAAUCACUUCUUGGAAAUUAUGAGAAAUUAAAAUUUAAAAAUACACCAUCAAAACAUGGUGGCCCGGAAAACUUAGAUUUGGUUCAAGUUAGAAUGCAAGAUAUUGCUGUUAUUGAAAACAGUAAUUUAAGGCUAAUUUAUUCGGUUCAUUUGGGUGGAAAACCAGUUCCAGCUGAAACAGCUGCAAAAGAUAUGUCUCUGUUAUCUUCUCAAGAGGUAGCUUUAGAACUUGGAACACCCGUUUUAGUGCAAAGUACACCUUAUUUAAAUACAACGAAACCCUUAGCAUUAUCAAGAAAAAGAGAUGUAUUUAUUUUGACGGGCGCUGCUGGAAUUUCAAUACUGCUUUUCAUAAUCAUUAUUAUAAUUUUAAUUCCUGUAUUAAAAAAGAAAAGUUCAAAUCCAGUUGCUUCAACUGUAAAUCAAAAUAAUAUAAGGAAUAAUAAAGAAUACAUGUCAAAGGGACUUGAUCAAGAUUAUGUAAUAUGUACUUCAGAAACUGAAAGAGAUACAAUUGCAACCAGCCAAUCCUAUUCGCCGAAUAGACGAUUUGUAACCAUGAUUACACCGAAUAACUCCGAUUCGUUAGAUGAUUCAAGUAAUGAUAUGACAAAUGAAAAUAUAUGUAGCACUAAAAAUAAUUUACUUUCCAAAAAUAAUACUCCUAUAUAUCAAAAAGAGGAUACUUCAAUAAUAGAAAAAUAUAGAUAUGGAGAUAAAGAAACUACAACGGACUCGGGGCCUGAUCAACUGAAAUCAUUUCUAAAAUCUAACAUAUCUAUACCUGAUGGUUUUCAAAAAUCAGUGGGUAAAAAAGUUACAACUUCCCCAUGUUCAUAUCUGUCUAUGAAAUCAUGUAAAAAAUUUCCUACCGUAAAAAGUGUGGAACCUUUAUCAAAAGUGUUAGAAACUAUUGCGAUGAAAGAAGCAGAUAUUGAAUUGGAUUCACUAGAUCUUCAAGCAACUAAAGUACCUGGAAGUGAAAUGGUACGAAAAUUCUGGAGUAGAUUUUACAGUGCAAGAGAUGAUCCUGGAGCAAUUGGUCCAAUUGUUUGGAAUUUAAAAAGCAACAAUUGUAUAGAAAUUGGUCAAGCGAGGCAGAGACUACAUGAACUUUUAGAAGAUUCUUGGAGUUAUGCGGGUAGCAAAGAAACAGAAAUGACAAAUUUUCAAACUGAUAAACAUCAAUCUGUCUCCGAAAAAAUAUCUCCCAGGACCACGCAAUUAUCACAAUUUCCCACAAACCAUUUCAGAUUGAGGGAUGAAGUAAGUGAAUUAAAUAUCACUAAUUCACAACCAAAAUCAAGUAUUACCAGCACAAAAUUAGGAGAAUCAGUUCAGGAAAGUAGUAAGGUAGAACAACAUUGUAGUGGGACAUGGGGAGCGCGACCACUAAGUGCCGGCCCAUUUCACAGACCAAACUUAUCGGAAAUAAGUAAAAUUAGUCUUUCAGCUAAUUGUAAUUUACCUACUGAAGAUCCUGCAAUACCAAUAAUUGAUGCUAUUAAACAGGAAUUAACAAAAUUUUCCAGUAAAUAAUGUGAUUUUUUAAAAAUUAGUAGAUUUCAAAUGUUAACUCUAAGUUAUUUAUAUAAAAUUGUAACUUUUUACCGAAUAAAGUAUCAACUUGCUUGACUUUAA